AUGAAUGUGUACAAACCACCCUCAUCUAGAUGGGAACAGAACACUCUCACAGAUGUUACACAUCCAGCCGUAUGUGUGGGUGAUUUCAAUUCAAGGCAUACAGAUUGGGGAUAUAGCUCAUGCAACCCUGACAGUGAGUAUUUGGCAAGAUGGGCAGCUCUUGGAGAUCUUGCUCUUGUCUAUGAUGCAAAACAAGGAGGUAGCUUCCACUCUGCAAGAUGGGCAAUACCAACUAACCCAGAUCUCUGUUUCAUGACCAGAGAUGUGAACAACCUCCCUCUGCCAACAAGCCAGCUCUACCUCAGGCGCUUCCCUCGGUCGCAACAUAGGCCUAUAGUCACAACAAUUGGUCUCACAAUUCCGGUUGUGAAAAGCACCCCUGUGUCACGAUGGAACUUGAAAAAAGCAGAUUGGUAG